CUCUCUCCCUUUUAAUAGGAAAAAGAGAGUUGUCCAAACCCAUUGGGAGAGUUCAAAUUCUCUCUCUCCGCCUCUCUCUCCGCCUCUCUCUCCGCUUUGAAGCAAUGCUUCCAUCUUGCUUCAGCCACUCCGCCGUCUCCUCCACACUCUCCAAUGAUCCAAUUCCGCCGCCGCUCUCCAUAAUCAGCUGCAUUUACCAAACCAAUCUCUUCAAUUCCCCCACUCUCCUCACCCUCACAUGGUCUCUCUCUCUCUCCUCCCACUCUCUGUCUCUCCACUCCUCUCCCUCCGCCUCUCUCUCCGCCUCUCUCUCCACCUCUCUCUCUCUCUCCCCUUCCUCUUUCUCCCUCUUCUCUCCCACCUCCAAAUCCAUCUCCCUCCAUAACUCCCACAAGCUCAAAAUCCAUUGGGAUUUCUCUACAGCCAAAUACACCCCCAACUCUGCUCAACCCAUUUCUUCAUUCUACCUCGCCAUUUCUUGUAAUGGGAAGCUCCAAUUCUUCCUCGGCGACCUGGCCGACGAAUUUUCCCGGCGGGUUAAGUCCGUCGUCCUGCCCGAGGAGUCCACGCUCUUGUCCCGUCGGGAACAUGUGUUUGAACGGCGAAAUCGCUAUGUUUCGAGGGCUGAAUUCUUGGGGUCGCUAAGGGAAAUCGCGGUGGAGCUCUGCGGCGGUGUUCUGAAAGUUGCCAUCGAUGGGGAGGUUAAGCUCGCCGUGAAGCGGCUGGCGUGGAAAUUUAGAGGGAAUGAGAGGUUUUUUAUCGCCGGCACCGCCGUUGAUUUCUUUUGGGAUGUCUUCAAUUGGGUCAAAAGUGAAGGCGGUAGCGGCCCCGGAGUUUUUGUUUUUCAAAUCGGAGAAGGUGGGGUUUGGCCGGAGUACAUUGGAGCCGAGGGGAAGUUGAUGAAGCGGAGCUUGUCGGCGGCCGGGAAUGGGUCGACGCCGGCAGCAGCGUUUCCGGCGUUGUCGCCGGCGGGUUCAAGCUCGAGUGUGUUGCAGUGGGCGGAGGAGAGUAGCAGUGACGGCGGGAGGAGCUCGUGUUCGUCGUCGUCGAGGUCGAGCGGAAUCAAUGGCGGAUUCUCUCUGUCGUUAUACGCUUGGAGGAAGGACUGAAACACAUAAACUUUCUUUUUUUGUUUUUUUAUUUUUUUUUUAUAUUUUUUUUCUGUGUGGAA